CGUCGCUCUCUCCUUCCUCAUCACAAGCUCACAAGUUCACAACCCAACACCCAAAAGCAAAAGAAAAGCAGCAACCAAAGAUGUGCGGCGGAGCGAUCCUUGCGGAGCUCAUACCGAGCGCGCCGGCGGCGAGGCGCGUCACGGCGGGCCACGUCUGGCCGGGCGACGCCAACAAGGCCAAGAAGAAGGGCGCGCGCGCCGACGACUUCGAGGCCGCGUUCCGCGACUUCGACAACGACUCCGAUGACGAGGAGAUGAUGGUGGAGGAGGCGGAGGAGGAGGAGGCGACCUCCGAGCACAAGCCGUUCGUCUUCCGCGCCAAGAAGGCGGCGGCGGCGGCGUCGAGCAGGCGCAGGAAGCCGGCGCAGUACAGGGGCGUGCGGCGCCGGCCGUGGGGGAAGUGGGCGGCGGAGAUCCGCGACCCCGUCAAGGGCAUCCGCGUCUGGCUCGGCACCUUCACCAACGCCGAGGCCGCCGCGCUCGCCUACGACGACGCCGCGCGCGCCAUCCGCGGGGACAGGGCCAAGCUCAACUUCCCUUCCGCUACCACCCCUGACACCCGCAAGCGCGGCCGCGCCACCGCCGCCGCCGCCCCGGCCGUCAAGGCGACCCCGGUCAUCAACCUCGUCGAGGAGGAGGACGAGGAGGAGGUCGCCGCCGCCAUGGCGUCCAUCAAGUACGAGCCCGAGACCAGCGAGAGCUCCGAGUCGAACGCCCUCCCGGACUUCUCCUGGCAGGGCAUGUCGGCCUCCGACGAGUUCGCCGUCGCCGCGGCGGCGCUGUCGCUCGACAGCGACGACGACCUCGCCAAGAAGCGUCCGAGGACCGAGCCGGAGGACACCACCGACUCCGGCUCCGGCGACGACACCGACGCGCUGUUCGACGCGCUGCUGUUCGCCGACCAGUACAACCACUUCAACGGCGGCGCCUACGAGUCCCUGGACAGCCUGUUCAGCGCCGACGCCGUGCAGACCACCGCCGCCGCCGCCGCCGCCGACCAGGGCAUGGGGCUCUGGAGCUUCGACGACGGCUGCUGCCUCGUCGACGUCGAGGCCAGCUUGUCCUUCUAGGCUCUAGCCGUCGUCUCCGGCGACCCUGUGACUCGAUCUUGUACCAUGUCAUGUACAUAGAAGAGUGGUUUUGCCAAGCAAGCAUGUGUUCGUCCUGGUUCCUUUCGGUAAUGAAAAAUUAUGUGAGGCUUCUCGUUCUCGUAAAAGAUCUUUUUGGCUGUGCCUUUGAUGCAAAAAUCUGAGUUUCAGUUAAUCACCAUGUUUAUGUUGUCUGAUGUUCAAGAAAUCAAGACAGGAUUAAUAUGUUCAAGAA